AUGCCUCUCAUCACCGGCAUCGCACACGUGAACCUUACAGUCCCACCAGGAACGCUUGAGCAAGCAGCAUCCUUCUACGAGGGCACUUUAGGUCUAACCAGAGCACCUGUCCCAGCACUUCAAAAGGAUAGUCUUGCAUGGUUCGACAUCACGCCAGGAGAGCAACAAAUCCAUGUCUCAACCAACUGCUCAACAAAAAACGAUCCUAAAGCGAGUAGACAUCCAUGUUUCAAGCUAGAGUCACCAGAAAAAUUGGCAGAGCUGAGAGAAAAGAUCUGGGCGCAUUUUGAGAAGAAGGAUGAAGCCAGUCCAAGUGAGGCGGAUAAACCAGGUGCGGAGAAUAGCGGUGCCAAAGGAGUAGAGUAUCCAACUCGAUUCUUUGCCAGGGAUUAUGCGGGGAAUAGGCUUGAGUUCAGUCUUUGA